AUCUCGAACAAAACCUGCUCCGGAGCAGGUUAGCCGUUCACCACAAGUUACCAUGGUGAUUUACCCCAGUACGAAGAGAACCAGCUCCGCCGGACGGAACAGCCAGGGUUAAACCCGAAAACCACCCCGAUAACCGCAAACCCUGCUUCGUAGCACAGGCCUCAGCUUCGCAGGGCAGAAAACCCAGAGUUAAACCUGAAGUUACCUUGAUAACCGCAAACCCUGCGUCGUCGCACAGGCCUGUGGCCACAAGCUAUCGGAUCUGAUGGUUGGAUGAUAUGUACACUUCGCUGGAAUUCACAUUCUUCGGAUAAGCUAGCGUCACAUGAACAAAGCCGUUCGAACAUCCCAUUGUCAUUACACACUUAUAACAAUCUCAUCUCCGCAUUGUCACCAUGCCGAGCAACAAGCUUGAGAAACCUGACAAGCAGGAGGUCAGUGAUAAUGUCAAGGUGGUGGUGAGAUGCCGUCCCCUCAACCAGAAAGAGAAGAUGAUGGGCCACAGACCGGCCGUCGUCGUGGAUGAGAUCCGUGGGACGAUAAUGGUUAACAAGCUGGAGACUCCCCAUGAGCCGCCCAAGACCUUCACCUUCGACACCGUGUUCGGACCAGACAGCAAACAGCUGGAUGUCUACAAUCUCACAGCCCGUCCCAUCAUCGACUCCGUAUUAGAGGGUUACAAUGGCACCAUUUUUGCAUAUGGGCAAACUGGCACGGGAAAGACUUUCACCAUGGAGGGUGUGAGAGCAGUGCCAGAGCUAAGAGGGAUUAUACCAAACUCCUUUGCUCAUAUUUUUGGUCACAUUGCCAAGGCAGAGGGUGAUACUAGGUUUUUGGUUCGGGUUUCAUACCUGGAGAUUUACAACGAGGAAGUGAGGGACUUGUUGGGCAAAGAUCAGUUGCAGAGGCUAGAGGUGAAAGAAAGACCAGAUGUUGGCGUGUAUAUCAAAGAUCUGUCUGGUUAUGCUGUGAACAAUGCUGACGACAUGGACAGGUUUAUGACACUGGGACACAAAAAUCGGUCUGUUGGUUCCACAAACAUGAAUGAACACAGCUCCCGUUCUCAUGCUAUCUUCACCAUCACCAUCGAGUGCAGUGAGAAGGGUGCGGAUGCAAACCAGCAUUUGCGCAUGGGGAAACUUCAUCUGGUUGAUCUGGCCGGCUCAGAAAGACAGGGCAAGACUGGAGCCACGGGGCAGCGUUUAAAAGAGGCGACAAAGAUCAAUCUAUCUCUCUCCACACUGGGUAAUGUCAUCUCUGCCCUGGUGGAUGGCAAGAGCACACACGUUCCGUACAGGAACUCCAAACUAACCCGUCUACUGCAGGAUUCAUUAGGAGGAAACUCUAAAACCAUGAUGUGUGCAAAUAUAGGCCCUGCAGACUAUAACUACGAUGAGACCAUCAGUACCCUGCGAUACGCCAAUAGGGCUAAAAACAUCAAGAACAAAGCCAGGAUCAACGAGGAUCCUAAGGAUGCACUGCUACGCAAGUACCAGAAGGAGAUUGAGGACCUGAAGAAGAAACUGGAGGAAGGUGAAGAGAUCUCUGGUUCAGAGGGCAGCGGAUCAGAAGAAAUGGAUGAAGGUGAUGAUGGAGGAGAGGAGGCAGGAGGUGGCCGCAGGAGGAGAAGAGAAGAAAGAGGCAGGAAGAAGGUCUCGGCAGACAAGAUGGUGGAGAUGCAGGCAAAGAUUGAAGAGGAAAGAAAAGUUCUGGAGGCCAAGCUAGACAUGGAGGAGGAGGAGAGGAACAAGGCAAGAGCGGAGCUGGAGAAGAGGGAAAAGGACCUGCUUAAAGCCCAACAGGAGCAUCACCUGCUGCUGGAGAAACUGUCGGCUUUAGAGAAGAAGGUGAUUGUGGGUGGGGAGGACCUCUUGGCCAAGGCUGAGGAGCAGGAGAAGCUCUUGCAGGAGUCCAACAAUGAACUUGAAGAACGUCGCAGGAGAGCGGAGCAGCUGAGGAAGGAGCUGGAGGAGAAAGAACAAGAACGUCUGGACAUAGAAGAGAAAUACACUAGCCUGCAGGAGGAGGCUCAAGGAAAGACCAAGAAACUGAAGAAAGUAUGGACCAUGCUGAUGGCUGCCAAAUCUGAAAUGGCGGAUCUACAACAAGAGCAUCACAGAGAGAUCGAAGGCCUCCUGGAGAACAUCCGCCAGCUGAGCCGAGAGCUCCGGCUCCAGAUGCUCACUAUAGACAACUUUAUUCCCCAGGAAUACCAGGAGAUGAUAGAGAAUUACGUGAACUGGAACGAAGACAUUGGAGAGUGGCAGCUGAAAUGUGUGGCAUACACUGGAAACAAUAUGAGGAAACAGACUCCUGCUCCAGACAAAAAAGAAAAAGAUCCAUUUGAGGUGGAUUUGUCCCAUGUGUAUCUGGCCUACACAGAGGAGAGCAUGCGGCUGUCAAUGAUGAAACUGGAGAGGCCCAGAACCUCUAAAAGUAGCAAGAGUGGUCGGCCCAAGACUGGACGAAGGAAAAGAUCUACUAAACCAGACGCUGUGAUCGAAUCCCUUCUGCAGUAGACGGCGACGAGGAGGGCGACGUAUUAUCGCAUCUUUCAUGUCACCUUAUGAAAAUAGGUCAUUAUUAGUCAAGUGUGAAGACGUUACUGUUGAACAUUAUUUAAAAUAUUAUCGGAAUGCACUGCAUAGCUGAGGAGGUUCUAAAUUUGAAGGCGAUCUUGUUCAGGGCCCACUCACAAAAGGGUUUAAGACCCUUGGCCAAGAGGUCCUUUUAUUUGUAUUUGAGUCUAAGUGUCUUUGAGGAUACACAACAUUUAAGUGUUGCUGUGGAACAGAUUUUAGUGGCGUCAGCCUCCAUUUAAAGUAAGCUUGUCCAUCUAGGCACCACUAUAUUUAAGGAGGAAAGCCUCCAUGAAAAUAUUAUCACUCGCAACAUAAAGAGUUUUCAAAGGUUUUGAAAAUGACCAACAAGCUGAAGGCAGCUACAGAUUUGACAGGAUGCUGGAAAUAGAAUGGUGCACAUAGCUACUGCGGUCAUAGCUUCUGAAAUCUGCUGAGUGUAAUUAACACACAAGUGUAAUGUGAUGAACAACACACAGAUUUGAGUCUUAACUUCUGUCUUACUGAUAUCCUGUUUCGUGCUAAACUGAUUCAUAAUAAGUGGCCCAUGACUUAAAAUAAAGCAAAUGUUCUUCUCUGAGCACAAGCUGUAGCCUUAGUGAUACUUCCCACUGAAUAAAUGAAAUCAUUAACACGGAGACAAAAGUAAACACUAAUGUGGGGGAUAACAAGCAGAGAAUCAAGUAUGUAACUUAAGGGUGAUGUUUAUACUUUUACCCUUAGGUGAGAAUCUUAAGGGUAUGCAUGCCAGCUAGCUCUUAUGCUAGUGCUAUUUCCUAAUCUAGGCAGGUCACAUUUUAUGUCACAACACUCUGUGUUUUAUUGAGAUUCACCAUAGAUACUGUAUGCCUAUGUAUAAUACCCUAGUAUGAGGUUUUUGUGGAGAUGAUUUAAUUUAAUAUGUUCUGUAGUGGAGGCAAACUGACUUUUAUUUUGUACCAUAACGUAUGUCACAUUUUUUCACACAACAAACCCAUGGAUAUUUUAUUUAUUAAAUUAUUUUACAUGUUUGAUCUCACAUUCUCGUUGAUCUCUUUGUGUUGAAUCAGUGGUGUUCACGAUUUUUUCAGGGUCUUGAACUCUUCAGAAUUGUUGCCAUCUCUCAGCUCUUGGACUUGUAAAUAAGUCCUUGUCUAUAUAACACAAUACGCUGUGUUUCUGUGCAGUGUUGCAGAUGGCAGGAGAGCAAACAUAAUGAUGGAUUAUUAUAUUAUUAACAUUAUUUUAAUUAAAAUUAUGGCAAUAGUCUGCCACCAUCAAUGUAGCAAAGUGUGGCUGAGGCAUGUUCAUACAUUCAAGCCUUCCUCUUUCUUUCUUUGUUGUCUGUGCUUCUCUAACACCUGAUAGUUCUGAUUAAGAAACGUUAACAAUAAUUUACCUUGACCCAUCUCUUAAACUAGGCUGUGUUGAGUCCUUGAAUUUGAGGACAUUGGUUCUAUGGAUCGUUCUGGAAUUUGAUUUUUAAGAAUAUGUAUGGGAGCCCUGUUCAAUCAGGUCAAUUCAAAAUACAUUAUUCGUCCCACAAGGGGGCAAUUCAAGGCAAACAAGUGCACAGACAAUUCAUCCACACACCAACAAUACAAGUGUGUCACAUUGUAUGAUGCCAACUGGAUGGGUAAAGUGCAGGUGCAUUCAUCGAAAUAAACUGACCAUCUCUUGCACUGUUA